AUGGCUGAUGCGCUUGCUUCAGCAGGUGGUGUAGAAGAAAAGGCUUCUAAUCCUAAUGAUAUUCUUCUGCCUCCAAAACAAAUAGAUGUUAAGCAGCCAAUCUCGCCUAGCGAGAAAUUAAAGACGGGCGGUAGCAAAUCCGGCGAGUCUGAGUCUAGGUCCUCGCAAAAUGAAGCUAUUGAUGAGCAACAACAACAAAAGCAGCAGCAACAGCAACAGCAACAACCACAACAUCCGCAACCGCAACAACAACAACCGCAAGGUGGUAAUGGUGGUAAUGGUGUUAGCAACUCUACGAGUUCCGGAGAUUUCACGUACCCCCCUCGAGUCAAUGGUAAAGCUCCUACUUCACCAUUACCUCCCGUACCUUCUCCCGCUCCCGCUCCUGCUCCCGCCAAUAUUCCAAAUAACAAUGGGCUACUGCAGAACCACCCUUUUCCUCAAAUGGACUCUUUAACUCAACAAAGUAACAUAAAUAAGGUGCCUACUUCCGGAUCGGUCAGAUCAGCUGUAUCUAGAACAAAAGAAAGCAAUUCGAUCAAACCAACUACAACUAGCGAAAACGCACCAAGAUCAAAUGGUUCACAAAACACACAAACCAAACCUACUCCCAAUGGCGUUUCAUCAAAAAAGUUAGUACCCAGUGAAGAUUUCGACAUGAGCAAUGUCAAAAGCAAACCGGCACAGAGAGAGCCUGUCGAAACAACAUUUAGAGGCUGGAAAGAAGUAGGUGGUUACGAGGCUGAUGACACAUUAACAGAAGAAGACGAAACAGUGAAUUUAUUAUCAAGGGGGUCGAUUUUCGACCAGUAUUUACCUGCAUACGUAUAUGGAGACUGGUACCAUAAUGCUGGUUACUUGAUUCUUAGUGGGUUGUUAUCGUGGUUAAUUGGGUGGUUGAGAUUUUCAGUUGCUCCCUUGUUUUUCGUUAUGGUUGUUUUUGCUUUAUUGUACCGUGCUUCGGUUAAGAAGUAUCGAGGUUUACUAAGAGAACAAGCGCAACGUGAGUUUUCUAUCAAACAUAUAGAAGAUGACUAUGAGACUAUGGACUGGUGCAAUUAUUUUUUGGAAAAAUUUUGGUACUAUUUAGAGCCUUCAAUAUCUCAAAUUGUAUGCGAGCAAGCUAAUCCUAUUUUGGCCGAUUUGCCGAUCCCUGCAUUUGUCCUGGCAGUUUGGAUUGAUAGUUUUACUUUGGGAACAAAACCUCCAAGGAUCGACAGAGUGAAAACUUUACAGGGCACCUCUGAUGACGUUGUGGUUAUGGACUGGGGGUUUUCAUUCACUCCAAACGCCAAUGUGGAUGCUAACAAUAAACAAUUGAAGAGCAAAGUUAAUGAAAACAUUGUUGUUAAAGCUACAAUUUUUGGUGUGACUUUGCCAGUAACUGUCGGUGAUGUUUCUUUUAGCGGAUUAGCCAGAGUAAGAUUGAGGAUGAUGUCCUCAUUUCCUCAUGUUGAAACAGUUAAUGUGUCGAUGAUGGAACCACCAUCAUAUGACUUUAACACAAAGAUUUUGGGCGAGGCUUCCUGGUGGUGGGAGCUUUUAGCGGUUCCUGGUUUAUACCCGCUUAUCAACGAAAUGGUUAAAAAAUAUGUUGGUCCAAUUCUUUUCAACCCAAUGUCUUUUCAAUUGAAUGUGCAGCAGUUGUUAGCUGGAAAUGCCUUGGACUCUGCUAUUGGUGUUUUGGCAAUCACUGCCGAUUCUGCUAGAGGCUUGAGGGGUUUCAAGACUCUCGGUAAUACAUUGGAUCCAUAUUUGACUUUUAGCUUUAGAGAUAAAGUUUUAGCAAAGACAAAAGUUAUUAGCGAUACCAGCAGUCCUGUUUGGAAACAAGUUGUACAUAUACCAGUUUCAUCUUUAUCUGAGCCAUUAAACAUAACAGUUGUUGAUUUUAACGAUAUCAGAAAAGAUAGACAUGUUGGUGCCAUUCAAUUUGAUUUAGCCGGCUUUGUAGAUAACCUGUCGCAACCACAUCUCACUGCUGCUUUUUUGAGAAACAACAAGCCAGUGGGAGAGCUCAAUUUUGGAAUAAAGUAUAUGCCUGUCUUGAUGCCAGUUAAACAAGCUGAUGGUGCCAUCACUCCGCCACCAGAUUUGAACACGGGAGUUGCAAGAAUAGAGAUAACAGAGGCAAGACAUUUGAGAGGCGGUGACAAAGGUGCCUCUGCAAGUGCAGAGCUCAUUUUUGACAACAAGUCUGUUCUUCAGACUUCAGUUCAGAAGAACACAAACAAUCCUGGAUGGGGAGCAGCAACCGAGCAAAUUGUAUUUGAUCGUACUAAGGCAAGAGUUAAAGUUAUCAUUAAGGAUAAGAGCGGAAGACCUUUUGGUCAAAUUACUCAUAGCUUGAAUGAAUUGAUUGAUGCUACGCAAGUUGAUCUGACGUGGUUCCCAUUGAGUAAAGGUGGUGAAGUUAGAAUACAAACGGUUUGGAAGUCUGUGGAAAUGGAAGGUGCAAGUGGUGCUGGUGGAUACACCACACCAAUUGGUGUUAUUCGAGUGGGUGUUGAGCAUGCAGAGGAUUUGCGUAAUUUGGAAACAAUUGGUAAGAUUGAUCCAUACGCUAGACUUUUGGUUAAUGGAUAUGAGAGGUGUAGAACAGUUGCUUUUGAUUCAACAUUGAAUCCUACUUGGAACGAAAUUCAUUAUGUAUCUAUUUCCUCGCCCAAUCAGAAAUUGACAAUUGAGGUUAUGGAUGUUGAAUCCCACUCUGCAGAUAGAACUUUGGGUUCAUUUGAUGUCAAGUUGAAUACUUUUAUUCAAAAAGACGAGAUGGGUCAGUAUAUUGAACAUGUUGAUAAGAAGAAAAGAACAUCGAAAUUGAUCCAUAAAAAGGGACCAAAAGGGACAGUCACUUAUACCUUGUCAUUCUACCCGGCGCUACCAGUAAUGACACAACAAGAUUAUAAGGAGGCUGCUAAAGCAAAGGAGAAGCUUAAGAAAGAUCAGGAAAAACUGGUAAAAGACGAGAAAAGAACAAUAGAAGAUAGUAAUCAAAUCAACCAAAAGAAAACCACUGCUCAAGAAAAUGGCGCAAAAGCAACCGAUGAUGUUGCUGAUGAUGAUGUUGAAAACGAUGAUGAAGAUAGUGAUGAUAAUGAAGAGGAUGAUUACUUUAGACUGAAACUCAAAUUGUCUCUUGAAGAAUUAGUGGCUUAUAAAAGUGGUGUUUUGGUUUUUGAGAUCAUCGAAGGUACUUUUAGCAGAGAGGAUGUCUACUUACAAGUUUACUCAUCAAACCAAGGUUAUCCCGAUUUUAUUACCAGAAAACUUACAAAGAGGAGUGGUAAGAUUGAAAUUACUGGUGAUUGUGUGAUAACGCAAUUGGAUUGGGCACAGACUUGUUUCCGGUUGGUUAAAAACAAAGAUGACAAUAGGGUUGAUAAAUGUGUUGCUGAAGCAACAAUUCCAACCAUGCAAUUGCUCAAGAAUGGUAAUCAUGAAUCAUAUUCUGUUGAGUUGAAUGGUGCAGGGAACGCCACGUUUAAGAUAUUAUUUUCGUGGAUCCCGUUGAUUUAUAAAUCUGGUAUUCCUCCUCAGGAUUCUGUAGAUAAUUCGGGUAUUUUGACUGUGGAUGUGCUUAAUGCUGAGGACUUGCCAUCCUCCGAUAGUAACGGAAAAUCUGAUCCAUACAUGAAGGUAUACCUCAACAGUGACAAGGAGGCAUUUUUGAAAACCAAGACAAUCAAGAAGACGCUUGAUCCUACUUGGAACCACACCGAACAAGUCGAGGUUGCCAAUAAAUUUGAUUCAGUGUUGAAGUUUGUUUGCUGGGAUUGGGAUAUGGCCAACCCUGAUGACUUAUUGGGUACUGGAUAUGUAGACUUGUGUGAUUACGAUAUGAAAAACGGUUCGGUGGAGGUGAAAAUACCUUUAUUUGGAGAAGCAGGAGAGCCCGCAGGUACAGCGUAUGCCAAGUUAUCGUUCAAGCCCGAGUUUGUAUUGAAUGUUAAGCCAAAGAGUCACACAACUGUAGGAACUGUUGGACAAGUGGGCAAAGGUGUCGGUAAGGGAGUAGGCAAGGGAGUAGGCAAGGGAAUAGGGACCUUGGGUAAAGGAGUCGGAGGUGUUGGAAAGGGACUUGGCGGCGGAUUCAAGGGAAUAAGAAAGGGUUUACACUUUGGAAGCCUGGACUAA